AGAGAGAGAGAGAGAGAGAGAGAGAGAGAGAGAGGGAGUGAGAAGCGUGCGUACGUGAGGUGUGGAGGGGGAAGCAAUAAUACCGAGAGUGAUGCCCAUAUAUACUAUUGUACUGGGGAGUAGGGGUGGAGUUGGAGAGGGGUUUUACGAUCGUUGCGGCCGAAGCCGGCACCUGAUGUGCGUGUGCCUGCUUAGGCAAAUGAGCUAAAAUCAAGCGGUUCCGGGGUGUCGUAGACGAGUGCAAUAAAUGUACAUCCUAUCCAGGGAUCGGGUCUAGACGGAAAAGGUCAGCUUGUUUAUUGGGUCUAUAUAAGUGCCGGCUUUGAGAGGCGUCUGUCUGCAACGCUGUGUCCGGGCUCAGUCUGCGUUCGCAGUUCGAGCUACGAGGACGCUUGUGCAUCGUGUGUUAUUUUCUACGACAAAUCGGCAAAAUGAAGAUUUCAGUUUUCCUCCUCGUGUUAUUCUUCAUUAUCGGAUUCUCGAUAGGCUUACCGCAAAAAGCGCCGUCGCAAGCUAGUUUUCUGGAAAAUCACGUCAGCAGAAAGAUCGGCAAGAUCCGCUUUCCGGGAGACGAACCAGACGAAGCAGACGAAGCAGACGAACCAGACGCCAACGUUAACACAGUGGCCAACCUAACCUUACCGACGCCGGUCUGCAAGGGCGACACCUUCUGCGUGGACCCGCCGAACUACCCGACAGCCGAGGUUGAAAUAGCUCUUCGAAUGAAUAGUAAGGUUGUGAAGUACUUUGCAAAUUCGGACAUGGAUCCCGAGGUGACGAAUAAAGCUCUGAAACGCAAGGAGAACGUCGAGACUCUGUGUCAGUCGUACGAAACGAUCAUCUAUCCUAAAGCAGCCGAAAGCAUCAACAACGAGUUCAUGUUCGUCGUGAAUCAGGCGAAUUUCCUUCAAGGCGUCAGAAUCGAGAGAUGUAAUCCAGGUGUAGAGGACACCAGCUGCUCUUACCUCGGGGAGCUUGAAAGUUGGUACACAACGACCUGCAAGCAGAAGUUCAUCUACAGACAGCUCGUGGCCGUUUCGUCGAUGGGAGAAGUCAAGCCCGAACUCUUCAGAUUCCCGGCGAGCUGCUGCUGUCACAUCAAGCGGGAUGCGAACUAUUUCCAAGUCAGGAUGUCCCAGAAGAGGGGAAAGAAGGCACGGAGACAUGACGCGGAAGAAGAGUGAAGCUUGGGCUUCUUUUCUUUUUUUUUAAGUUUUACUAAAAUUAAUGUGAAGACUCUUGACUUGAUAACAGCGUGUAAUCAUCUAAAAAAAAAAUUUUUUUUUCAACGCGUUCAAAGUUGUGAAGUUAGAAAAUAUCCGAUCAUGUAUUUAUAUUAAAACUAUAAAAUAAAAUGUAUCAAAUUAUCCAGUUAUGACUUUUAGUAUAAGUAUUCAGAAAAUUAUAUUGUAUUUAUAUUGUAUGACUAAUACAAUUCGUUUUUCAAAUUUAAAAA